CUGUGUAUCAAUUUAGGGGUCCUUGACAUGGAAAAGGUUGAGAAACCUCUGAAUUGACCUCUAAACUCUAAAAGGAAUAUUUUUGCUAUUUCAGUGUAUAUAAGAUAAGAUAAGAUAAGAUGAACCAUUACUAAUCCCCGGAGGGAAAUUCAGAUGUCAAAGCAGCAACAUCAACAAACAUGUUACUGCAAAUACUUGUUCACAUUCAUAUUUAACAUUUUGAAAGCAGGACUUUAUUUGUAAUGAAGUAUUUUCCAUUGAGAUAUUGCUACGUAUACCAAGCGAUACCAAGACUUCCUCUUAAUAAAGGUCUUCAUUUAAGUAUUACUUCAGGGAAAGGGUUCAAAUGUCAAGUGUUUCCAUAGGAAUUCUUAACAAGUACAUGGUUGUUAGAGAUAAGUUUAUCUUUGUCUGUGGUGAAUAGUUAAGAUGUCGACAACCAUUCUCUCUAUGUAGCACCAUAACGUUUUUUUAAUCUGUUGCAGCUGCUCUUAGAAUCUAUUUACUGUUAAUUCCAUUCUGUUCACAUUGAUUCACAUUAUAUUGUAUGAAUCUCAAGAAAGUGCAGUAUGUAUAACUUGAAGACAUUUUAGAUUUCUCAUACAAUUGUAAAGAGGACCCCAUAUAUAGCAGGAUCAACCUCAAACCUCAAGUAUAGGGAGGAAACAACAUUUAUUUUAGAGGCUGGAAUAAACUGGGAUUGGCAGCAGGGCCUUGACUAAUACAGGAUAUAAAUCCUAAUAGCUUUUUAUGAUAUAAAGCAACACCUAAUGGAGUGUCUGUCCUUCUGACUAUAAAAUUAAAUGUCACUGUCGCUCCGUCGACCCUCAUUACCAUACAAGAGAGUAAACGUUGAUGUCACACACUUCUAAUAAAUAUACAGAUUACAUACAGAGGUGCAAAAUGUGACUCUGUAAGUAGCUGUCUCCGCCUGUCCCUCGGGAAAGGUUUUCUGACUCUGUCCAUCAAUGCUGGACGUAUACUAAUAAAGUUGAGUUUUAUUGCACGACCAAGAGGAAGUGGAAGCACAAAUUUAACACUAAACAUUGUGCACGAAUCAAUCUGACCCAGCGACCCGUGGAAAAUUCUCAGCUGUCUUAAAUUGACUUCAAAUGUCAGAUGCCUUAUAGGCCACGAGGCCUCGGACGUUUUAGCAUUCCCGCUGUGCAAGUAAUUAUUUAGUUUUAUUAGGAAUCCUCACUGCUUUGUAUGCAGCUCCAAUUGUGGAGUUUUUUUUAUCUCGGUGGGCUUCGAGUCAAGAGGAUUCAAAUGGCCCGAGAGUUUAAUGAGCUGGUAGCAUAAAAGCAUUAGUCAUUUGGCUGCCCAGUCUCUCCACCUGCUCCCCUACGGGAUGUUGUUGAGAAUGACAUCUGGAACACCUGCUUCGAUCCCAUUUACAAAGUCAGUAAAACAGUCAAACAGGCCGAAGAGCUGGUAAAACAUGAGUGUGACCUUGACGCACGGGGCCACGGCGCUAUAAUUCACCUGCGACUGCCUGUUGAUUUAUUACAGUUUGAAGGGAUGGGACUGGGGAUAUUGCUGAUGGCUGUUGUGGCCAGCAAAAUUGUGUGUGCGUGUGUGCUGUGUGGCAUGCAGGAGGGGGGAUAGGCUACAGCUGGAAGUAUAUAACCCGGUCGGGUCCAACAGAGCACGUACAAGUCUUUCCACCUGAGGACCACCGUGCAAACAACAGCGUCCUGUAGUGAUGAAGAGUAACCAUCUCCUGUCCUGGGCUUUCCUGCUCGUGGCCUCUGGCCCACUGCUGGCCCACCCUAUUACAGAAUCUGCGGAGAUGCCCUAUCCAGGACCAGUAUCAGCGGAGGACCGAGGAGUCGGCGCUCUGGAUGAUCUGUCUCUCGCUGAGCAAACCUUCCCUCCUCAGGACGGUGCUGGUCUCAGAUAUACCACUCUGAUAUCUGGGGAUUUUAACAGAGAUGGUGUCAGAACAGGCCUGCUUCCCAGGGGGAUGAAAAGAGAGGUACUACUGGAGAAACAAAGUCUCCUAAAUCCUUUCAGCCACGUGCUGAGCAUCCAGAAGCAGUUCAGGAAGAGAGCGGGGAAUUCUGAGUGUUUCUGGAAAUACUGUGUCUAAAAACUGUCGACAGGCAUCGAUGCUACACACAAGAGACAGGGCUUGCACUAAAACAAAAAUCCCUAUCUUGAACUCACAUAAGUACAUGCAGACAAACUAAGAAACAUCGUGCAUGCAUGUACUGUAUACAUGUGUGUACACACACAUACACACUCACAGUAUUUGUUCACAAAAAGAACAAUGGGUAUGAUUGAGAUAAGUUGAUUGGGGACUUUAAGAUGAUUUAUUUAAAUUACUUGUAUGUUGUGUGAAACUGUAUUUAUGUGUGAACAUUUGUUAAAAGUCCUUGGUUGUCUGAUGUAUGACCAAACGUCUUUUAAAUGUGAAAGUCAAAGGUUAUACAGUACUGUAUGUUGAAUAGAAAUAAAAACUAUAUUCUGUCUCUGCUAAUUGUCUUUUCUUGAUAAAAGGUGAAACAAACAGACAGCAGAAGAAACUAGUAUCCCUUUCUUAAAGGUACAGUGUGUAGCAUUUUGGGGGA